AUGGAGAGGACCAAUGACUCCAUGUUGACAGAAUUUGUCCUGGUGGGGCUCUCCGCCCACCCCAAACUCCAAACAGUGUUCUUUGUGCUCGUUUUAUGGAUGUACUUGCUGAUCCUGCUGGGAAACGGAGUCCUCAUCUCAGUAAUUAUCUGUGACUCUCACCUGCACACACCCAUGUAUUUCUUCCUCUGCAAUCUUUCUUUCUUGGACGUUUGCUACACAAGUUCCUCUGUCCCAUUAAUUCUUGACAGUUUCCUGACAGUAAGGAAAACCAUUUCCUUUUCAGGGUGCAUGGUGCAAAUGUUUCUCUCCUUUGCCAUGGGGGCCACAGAGUGUGUGCUUCUAGGCAUGAUGGCACUUGAUCGCUAUGUGGCCAUCUGCUACCCACUCAGAUACCCCGUCAUUAUGAGCAAGGGUUCUUAUGUGCCCAUGGCAGUUGGGUCCUGGGUCACUGGGCUCACUGACUCAGUGGUGCAGACGUCUCUCACAAUACAGUUACCAUUCUGUGCUAAUAACGUUGUUAGCCAUUUUGUCUGUGAAAUUCUGGCUAUCCUGAAACUGGCCUGCACUGACAUUUCAAUCAAUGUGAUCAGCAUGGCCGGGUCAAAUCUGAUUGUUCUGGCUAUUCCAUUCCUAGUCAUU